UAUUCAGCCUGUUUAACAGUGGAACAAGUUUUUACGGCGGAUUUCUCAUCUUCUCUGUGUUGGGUUUUAUGGCCAAAAAUCAAGGAGUUCCAAUAAAGGACGUUGCGAAAGCAGGUCCUGGACUGGCCUUCAUUGUUUAUCCUGAAGCCGUGGCUCAGAUGCCCUUAGCUCCAUUGUGGUCCGCUCUGUUUUUCUUCAUGAUUAUUUUGCUGGACCUGGACAGUGAGUUUGUAGGUAUCGAGGGUGUUGUGACCGCAGUUGUGGAUUGGUAUCCUCAAUACCUAAGACGUGGCUACCGUAAGGAAAUUUUCACUGCUGUUGUAUGUGCAGUCUGGUUUCUCCUCGGGCUGUCCAUGGUUACCGAGGGUGGAAUGUAUGUCUUCCAGUUGUUUGAUCACUACUCUGGAAGCGGAUCUGUAUUGCUACUGGUUGUCAUCUGCGAAUGUCUGGCUAUUGGGUGGCUGUAUGGUCGUAAUCGUUUCUACGACAACAUGGAGAGCAUGCUGGGAUUUCGAAUCAAUCCAUGGAUCGGUUGGUGUUGGUGUUUUUUCGCGCCCAGUUUUUGUGCGGUGAGUUUACGGUACAUAGUUUUUAAAAUGUAAAGAUUUUCGAAUAACGUAUGAAUAGGU